ACCAAACCCAACAGACGUGCUCCCCUCUCUUCUUUCUCUCUCUCUAAACUUGCAGUUUUCAAGCUCUUUUGAAUUAUUCUUGUCUUCUUCUACUGUUUAGUCAAUACCCUUAUUUUAAUACACCACAUUGUGCUUAUGCUCUGCUGAACGUACGACCCUUCUCUCAAAUAUCAAUGACUAACCCAAGCUUAAGACACCAUAUCUGCUUCUAUUCUUCUUGGAGGUUCUAAUCCCAAUUAUAUCAGAAGGAUUUCUUUCAAUGGAGACAUUAACCUCAUCUGCUGCAUUGCCCAUCCCAAAGGAACCAGCAAAUUACGAUGAGAUCGCUAUGCAGCAAAGUUUGCUGUUCGCCGAUAGUCUCAAGGAUUUGAAGAAUCUGAGAAAACAAUUGUACGCGGCUGCUGAAUAUUUCGAAUUGUCUUACACCAAUGAUGAUCAAAAACAAUUAGUGGUUGAUACCUUAAAAGAUUAUGCCAUCAAAGCCCUAGUCAAUACAGUGGACCAUUUGGGCGCUGUGUCGUAUAAAGUUAAUGACAUAUUAGGCGAAAAGGUCAAUGAAGUUUCUGCAACAGAGCUUCGAGUAUCAUGUAUUCAACAGAGACUAAGAGUAUGCCAAGGGUGUUUUGAUCACGAAGGUCUCGCCCAACAGUCUUCUUUGAUAAACAUUCCGAAGUACCAUAAAAGAUAUAUUUUGCCAGUUGGAGAGACCAUGCAAGGUGGUAUGCGAACUAAAUCGAAGUACCAAGGAUGCAGUUUGGACAAUGAAGAUGACUGGCAUGAGUUUAAAAAUGCUGUUCGGGCUACUAUCAGAGAAACCUCACCAGCUUUGGUUAGAAAAGGGCGAUCCCCGUCUCCUUCUCCACAACCUGCCCAGCAACCUGGGUCAUUUGCGUUCACUGGCGCAGUGACCAGAAAAGACUUAGAGAAAAGAUCAGUUUCACCACGCCGAUUCUCUCUUCUGCGUACUGGGUCUCUAUCUAGUAGGCCAACCACCCCAAAUUCGAGAUCAAAUUCAAGAUCCACCACUCCAAAUCCAAGCAGACCGACGACUCCGACCUCAAUUGGUCGACAAAGGCUUUCCGAGCCUCGGAAAUCAGCUUCGAUGCGAAUGCAUGCUGAUAGAGAAACGUACAGAGAGACAGACCAGAUACCAAGCAAAAGUAAACGUCUACUCAAGGCGUUGCUUAGUCGACGCAAGUCUAAGAAAGAUGAUAUGCUAUACACUUAUUUGGAUGAAUAUUGAAUCUGCAAAUGAAAAAUAGCCCCAAAAGAAGCUUGUUGGUGUGCUUAUUAGUUAUUAUUAAGCAAGCAGUAGUCAGAAUGUAUUAUUCUCAAUAUAUGUUUUACCAUCUGCAUUCAGCACUUCACUUCUGAACCUGAGGUUUAAUUCUAAAUUGAGAUAGUUAUAUAGCAUAAUCC